CUUUAUAAUAAUUGGAAAUAUUAUUGAGUGAAGAGAAUCUCAAAUUGACCGAAGGAGAAAUCAUUUUCGCAGGGGCUCGGAUGCUUGAGGAGGAGCAUCGUGAGGAGGAUCAACAUGAGGAAGAGCAUAAUGAGGAGGGGGUUGAUGAGGCCAACCAGCAUGAGGAUGACCAGCUCGAGGGCAAUAAAUACAUUUACGUGAAUUCGGAUGACGACAUUGUCAUCACACGAGAUGGUGCUGCGAAAAUCACACCCGCAUUCUCCCUGAAGAAGACCCGGCAGGAAAGACAUGGAAAGACGUCUCAGAUUCUUACCAGGAUUUUUAUUAUCAGGAGUUCAAGGGCUGCAGGUUUGUACAGUGGAUACAUGUACAAUCAGAGGAUGGACGGUCGGUUGAAAAAGAAUACGGUGGAAGUGGCUACUUUAGAGAGCCUGAAGGAGGAAACAAGCAAGAGAAAGAAGAAGAAGAAUAGGCGCAGGGGUAAAGAGGAUGGUCCUGCGCUUGGGACGUACACUAGAGGGACGAUUCUGUUUUCUCAGAAUUAUAAUCGACUGGCUGCAAAGAAAGUAGUGCCUAUCUCGGUGGAAGAAGUCAUCGUCCAUACAAAGACAAAGAAGCUUGAUGGGUAGACAUGGGUUGAUCUAACUGAUGCUGUUCUUUGGGCUCGAUUUAAUACUCUUCGCGAUGAGGCUAUAAAAAAUGGACUUGAUG